AUGCCAAACGGCAUCAAUGGGAUCAGCAAGCGCCAGCAGCAGCGCAAUGAAAAGGCCUUGACGGAGCUGAUCCGCACCGUUCCUGGCAAUGACCGAUGUGCCGAUUGCGAUGCCUUGACCCCAGGAUGGGCAAGUUGGAAUAUGGGUAUCUUCCUCUGCAUGCGCUGCGCCGCACUGCAUCGAAAGCUGGGCACACAUAUCUCCAAGAUCAAAUCUUUAAGCAUGGACAGCUGGUCCUCGGAGCAGGUUGAUAACAUGAAAUCGCAUGGCAACAUCCUUAUGAACAAGAUCUACAACCCGCGAAACAUUAAGCCUCCAAUUCCGACCGAUAUCGAUGAGGCCGAUGCGUGCAUGGAGCGGCACAUUCGAGCCAAGUAUCAAUAUCGUUCGUUGGAAAAUGGGAAGCCGAAGCCCCCGAGCCGGGAGGAUUCGAGCUAUUCCAACCCCAGGACCAAGUCACCCGAGCUGUCAAGAAGGGACUAUGAUGACAGAUCUCCAGAGGGAUCUCCUCCGCCUCUGCCGCCAAAGUCUGGCAAGUUCUUCAAGUUCGGUCUCCGGUCCUCGUCCUCCACAUCCAACCUCCGCCGAUUCGGAAACAAGCCUAAGGUCACAUCGCCAACUUCAGACAGUGGUUCUUGGUCACCACCGCCGCCAUUGCCAUCCAGGAGGACCACGGGACUUGGUGCGCCUGUUGCCGAUGUGACGACCGCCUCGUUUGAAUCUAAAAUGGCUGCACUGCAGGAUAUGGGAUUCACCAAUGACCGACGAAAUGAGAUGGUUCUCAAGGGAUUAAAUGAAGAUUUAGACCGGGCAGUCGAAACGUUGGUCAGGUUGGGCGAGGGAAGCAACCCUACGUCAAGGUCCAGAACUCCUGCUGCGGCAAGCAAUGGCGCAUCUGCGCGCGCGGUAACCCCGAAGCCCGAGACAUCCAACAAUCCGUUUGACCGCGCCGUGUCGAAUCCAGUGCCCCAGCAAUCGCAACCCCAGACCGCUUCUUACAAUCCUUUUGACAAACCAACCCUCACGGCUGCCUCUGCGCAACCCUUGGAAUCGUCGUUCCAGAACCUGCAGGUUUCCCAGCCAUUGUUCCCACACUCCACCGGUGGAUAUCCAAACCAGGCAAGCUCCAUGCAGCAGCCCAUGUACCAACAGCCAUACACGCCUCCAGUCACGGCAACCUUCUCACAGUCUUCCUAUGUCGCCUCGCCCCAGACAAUGGAUAGCUACAAUCCUUUUGCCCAGACAGCGCCGCAGCCGCAGCCGCAGCAGCCACAGAAUGGCUUGGCCAGCCAGUCAUAUCCAAACCCGAGUGCACAGCAGACGAACCCUUUCUUUAACACUGCGCAGCAAAACCAACCCAUGCAGCAACAAGCUCAACAAAUGACCAAGCAAGUGCCAACACUCGCGGCUCCCAACCAGCCUCAUCACGCGAACACCAUGCCGACCAUGUCUUCCUCGUCACCUUUUGGUACCUCGCCAUUCGGACCCUCGCCUUCAUUCCAAGGGCAGCAGCAGCAACCCCAGCAGCAACCAAAUGGUCUGGGGUCAUACAACCCCUUUCAGUCAGGUCCGGCACCGACCACACCCCAGGGCGCAGGCGGCUACCCCAAUCAACAUCAGCAGCCGCAGCAACUCAUGCCGCAGCCCACGGGACAGAUGGACAAAAACAGCAUUCUUUCCUUGUACAAUUUGGGUCCCUCCCAAUCUAAUAUUCCUCCCGUCCCCCAACAAUACCAGGCUCAGCCCCAAUCCACGGGAAUGAACCCCUUCCCCCAACCCUCGAACCCAUACGCCUCUAUGCAACAGAACCAGACAAACCCCCAGCAUCAGCCUCAGUCCCAACCUCAGCAACAAGCUGCCAAUGUUCAAUCCUCCUCAGCCAACAACCCAUUCUUCGGCGGCGCUCCAACCGCUACCGGUCUUUCCGCUCAAGCAGGGCUGAACCCCUACCAGCAACAGCAGCAACAACAACAGCCCUCCCCAGGCGCUGGUAGCGGUCUUGCUGCUCAGGCGGGGAUAAACCCCUACCAACAGCAGCAACAGCAACAACAGCAACAGCAGAAACCAACCUCGGGAACUGGUCUCGCAGCCCAGGCAGGAAUAAACCCCUACCAACAACAGCAACAGCCGGGACUAGGAAUUGGCGGCAUGAACAACCAGCCUGGAGGCUUUGGAACAACCCCAACUAUGGGAGGGAACCCCUCCCCGUUCAAAAGCGCGCCUCCGGCAGCCUCGGCAUUCAAUCGAACCCAUAUGAGCCAGCCGAGCGUGGACGUGAGCGGAUUGCAGAAUGGUCGGCAUAGUCCUGAUGCUUUUGCUAGUCUGAGUGCUCGCCAUGGUUGA